GGGAACUCCAUGCAUCCAGUCUGCUCCCCGCUUUUCUGAGAUUCCUUUCAGAUGAGGAUAAUUCUGCAGAGCCUUCUGCGUGCGACAGAUGUGGGCCUGGCCAGUGUUUAUUGCCCAGAGGGAGGUUAAGAAUUGACAACAUUUCUGUAGGCAACCCCAGUGGAAUGUGUUUCCAAAGGCUGUGCUGAUAUGAACAAUAUUCAGGAGUAACAGCUGAAGAUUUUCACAGGAGCUGCUGAUGUAAUGGCAGUGCCUCUGCAGGUCCUCCUUGGAGUGGGUCUGGCCUUUCUUUGCUUCUGCCUGACGCUUGGCUGCACCCUCUGCUGGCGGAAAAGGAAACGUCGGGGCGUCCCCUUUGGCAAGGACCCAGCCUCUGAGCGGAUCAUCAUGGACCCCAGCUCGCCGCUGCCAGGGGGUGCCAGUACGCCCAUCAAGCAGCAGUACGAGGAGGUGCACGGCUUGGUGCUGGACUACCCUACGGGCGUCGUGACCUCUCUACCUGACAGAGAGCCCAACCCCGGCUACAAGCACAACCCCCACGGCAGAGCGUCGCUGCCCUUUAUCCCCGUCGUGCCGAGAGCCAGCCUGGCCGGCCGAACCAAGAGGAUCCUCGAGAGGCGCUGCACCGUCUCAGGCGACUGCUCCGUCUACAACGAGCACGGCGCCCGCCCGAACCCGGGCGCAAGGCCCUCGGUCCCUAGCCUGAUGGGCACCAACUCUCUCACUGCAGCGUCCGAUGACACAGUGGGUGCCAAGUCCAAGCUGAGACCUGCCCUGUGUUUCACGCUCUUCUACUUGCCGCGCGAGCUCACCUUGACGGUGACCGUCCUGGGCGUCUCUGGCCUGCCCAAGAAAUUCGGCGGCGGCUGCGACUCCUACGUGAAGGUCUACCUGCUGCCCAGGUUCAUGGAGCCGCGGCAAACCAGCAUCUGCAGGAAGAGCCUGAACCCCGAGUUUCGGGAGUGCUUUCAGUUCUCGGGCUACACCCUUGAGGAGAUAAAGUGCUUCACGCUCCGCUUCACUGCCUACGUCAAGGAGUUCCACAACCUGAAGGACACCUUCGUUGGCGAGGUGCUGUUUGCCUGUGAGCAGGGUGACUGGCAGCCCCAUUCACCCUCGGCUUAUACAAGAGAGCUCACCACCACCAAGACAAAGCUCAAAAAGUGUCUCAGCUCCCAAGAUGUGGGACCCUCGAGCGGCACAGGUCAAGCCAAGCUGUUGGGCCAGCUCUUCAUCCUGCUCCAGUAUCAGACCCUGGCUAACCGGAUCAAGGUGAUGGUUCGAAAGGCCGAGUCUUUGGCCAGACUGACCCGCAUGCCAGGGUCGCCAGAUCAUUAUGUCAUUAUAAGCCUCUACCAAGAUGAUAAAGUUCUCUCAACCAAGGAAACCAAGACAUCAAGUGGCUAUAACCCAGUGUGGAAUGCACCAUUUCUGUUUGAUGUUCCUUCAGGAGAUAUUGAAAACCUACAGCUCUCUCUGGAAUUUAUAGUCAUGCAGAGUCGCAUUUAUACCCGAAGUGGAGUCCUGGGCCGUGUGGUAAUUGGAGCGAAUGCUUCAGAGACGGGAAGAACACACUGGAGGGAGAUGUCGAAUCGAGGACAUGUGGAAUCUGCCAGGUGGCAUACCAUCCAACCAGACACUUUCUAGACACCCGCAAACACAUCUGUUCUGUCGCUCCUCCCGCUGUCCCUUAACUGUUCAGUGAAAUGUAAUAAAAUGUACGAAUA